UCCUGGUCAGUGGCAGCAACUCAUCCCACUCCAUUUAUUUAGAAAGAAAUCUAAAACACCGAGUAGUUCAUUUUCAUUUACACAAGAGUUUCAUCGAGAAUUAAUACGAAGCUACUGUCGAAAAGAGGAAACCAGAAGACUUCAGACAUUUUUGAGUAAUACCACCAGCUGGGAGGACUGUGCAGAAGUUGCAAAUAUCUGCUUAAUCUGAAGAAAUAUCACAGAUUUGAUCUCCAAGUUCAGCUGACACCGAAAAGAAAAAUAUGAGGAGACAACAGCAGGCAGCAGAUGAAGAAGCUCCCCCUGAUUCGUAUUACCACAGCCAUUAUGGGGAAUCAGAACUGAGAAUCGUCCUUGUAGGUAAAACAGGAGCUGGGAAAAGUGCAACAGGAAACACCAUCCUUGGUGAGAGAGUGUUUGCAUCCAUACUGGGAGCACAGACAGUGACUACGAUUUGUAAAGCUGGCAGUAGGAUCUGGAAUGGGAAGACGAUUCGAGUGGUUGAUACUCCUGCAAUUUUUAAUCCAAAGAUCUGCAGUACAGACACUUACCAAGAGAUUGGUCGCUGUAUCGCGCUCUCUGUCCCAGGCCCCCAUGCUCUGGUGCUGGUGACCCAGCUGGGCCGUUACACUGAAGAAGACAAGGAAGCAGUGAGGACAGUACAGGAGAUUUUUGGAGUUGAGGCCAUGAGGUACAUGAUUGUCUUGUUCACCCGAAAAGAAGAUUUAGGGGAUGGUUCACUGAGUGACUAUGUGAAAUACUCAGAUAACAGAGAUCUCCAGACGCUGAUUCAAAAGUGCGGCAACCGAUACUGUGCUUUCAAUAACAAAGCAACUGGAGCAGAACAGAAAGAGCAGGUUAAUAAGCUGAUAGAAAUAGCUGAGAGAAUGGGGCGGCAGAACGGAAACUCAUAUUAUACUAAUGAAUUAUAUUCCCAGGCAGAGGUGAUGUUCAGUGAUGUUAAUGGAAACUUUGAAGAAAAAUGCAGAAACUUUGGAGAAAAAGUGAAACAGCACAUAACAAACCAAAGAGACAAAGCUGAGCAUCGUGGGGUAUUAAACAGAAUUAGGAAAUCAUGUUGUCUAACUACAGUUUAUCUAUGGAGACAGGUGAUAUUUGUGAUAUAUGCUAUAUGUAGGAUAGGAUAUGCUAUAUGUAGGAGAGGAUGGAGGUGCAUUCUUUCAUUGUAUAAUUACUGGUUUGGUUAAUGACGGUAACUCAGUUUCCUAUUUGUUUUCCUCUUGGAGUUGAAAUGUUGAAUUUUUCUUCAUUCUAAUCCUACAGCUUCCUAUGUUCUAUAGUUCAGGUUCUUACCACUAGUACAGCAAAAGACAAACAUGCAAAUUAUGAUUAGAUGAAAUCAUUUAGAUUUGUUUUACAUUAACUUCACACAGGAGAUUCCAAUAAGGAUUGUAUAUGGAUGUGUCAAAUCUAUACUUUUUUUAUGGAAAACCAAAUGGUGGCAGUGUAAUAAACAU